AUGGCCUGCAAGGUGGAGCGGUAAGAAUAUGGAAGGAGUCGCGGAAAUCGUUGAUCAAAGAAAUUAGGGCGCCUUUCUGAGUAUUUGCAAGCCCUCGUGCGCACAGGCUGUCAAUGAAGUUCUUGUUCUCCGAACCGGCUCUCUUUCUGUUCCACUUUCCUUCCAGAUCAUAAAAAGAUUGUACAUGCGAAUUUCAAUGGUUGUGUUCAUCUUGUAGAGCGAGUUAGGAGAUAAGAGGGAAACCGCUAUCUUCUCACUCAGAUAAAAACAAUGUUCAUAAUACGUAGCAAGGCCAGGCCCCUAGAUGAUUGUACAAAAGAAUUGGAAGUCAUUGCUCGAUCAGACCUCGCCCACCUGAAGAAAGAAGGAACACCGCUGAUCAAAAUAUUGGGCGGAGGUGCAAAGGGCAGAGAACAAAGUCCUUAAAAAUCUCCAUAUUCUGUCGGGGUACAGCAUAAAGAAUUAAAGAUCUACGGUGGUGCAGUAAUACCAUGUACCUCUGUACGGCCGUAAAGCCUCAAUCUACUGAGCUCGUUUGCGUUGGCAUAAAGUAGCAGAGGGUGACUGCCAGGUGGUCUUCAAAAGGCCAGCGGGAGCUUACAAUAGUGCUACAUAAAGGAGAUAUCGGCACGCCAUGUGAGUUAAAACCAAGACAAAGUACGAAGGACAAAACUUCCGAUGAGAUGGAGGAUGCAUUUUACAAUGCGCAACCGAGUAAAAUGGAAAAACUACUCCCAACAUAAAGAAGAUCAAAUUUCUCAUGAAUAUGGACGAUGAGAGCAUAAUAGCUAAUGGAGUGAUUUAACUGGAAUCUUACACCAGGCCAGUUGAGAUGGAUGGGUGUGAGUGACGCGAAAGGAGGCGCCACGUUCAAUCACAAACAAAAUAGAGUAAUAAGAAGAACCCCAAACUCAGUGUCAAUAAUUUUGAGAAAUACAGAGAAAUUUGAUCCAAACUCUUUUCAAGAACAUGCUGAAGCCCUGCUAAGGGACGAUGGACCGCACAUCAUUCACAACGGAUACAGAAUAAGGAAGGCUUAGUCAGCGUCAGGCUUAGAUUUUCGACUACGAACACUUUCAGAGACCGAAGCGCAGGCAAAUCUUCGGCUACAGAGAAAGACAUCUCAGCGUGAUAUGCGCCCUGUAUUUUUAAACCGUAUUACGAAUCCAAAAAGAAUAAAAAUUAAAUAACUGAAAAUGUAGCUGAAGGAUUGAGGGAGUGACUACUAAAAAGAGUCCGGAAUAAUAGAUGGACAAAUACUUCGAGUUGAGGGCAGUCAAAAUGACAGCCUUAGCAACACGGAGAUGUCGAAUUUCGAGACUCCUACGAGAACUCGCGGCCGCUGUUCAGAAAUCUAUUGCAUUAACGGUGUAGGGGUGGCAGCGGUGGGCUCACGUAAUGGUCGUGGUGGUCGCUCACUUGCUUGCAGGUGAGACUGCGCCUAGCGUCCACAUGCUGGCACUCAACCCUCACCUGUGGCUCCAUGUAGCUGGACUGUGCUCAGCAUCCACACCCCGGGAAACCGUCUCGACCGGCGGGCUAAACCAGGUGAGGGGGCACUGUGCGCUGUGCCGUGUGCACACGGUUUGCGGAUUCCGCUGGAUGGAAGGUCGGGUGGAACCUUGAGUCGGCACCGUCGUGACGUGGUUCGUCUCUGUCCGCCGCUGGAUAGCCGGUGACGGGAUGGAUCUCCACAUCGACACCGCCUUGACGCGCCCACCUUCGCCGACGGAGACCGCGGCUUUCGGCGAAUUCGAGUCGCUCUCCACUACAACCCGAAGUCGUGGUCCCAUAGUGGAGUUCGGCCGUGCCACAACGGCACAUGGCAGCCCUAUUCAGGGAUGGCACUACCAGCCCCCACGAGGGGAAGGGCCUAGAAAAAGUGGCCUAAACAUUGCUGGGUACCACGCUGUCUCCAGGCUAGCCGGGGCCGCAGACGUCUUAUCAUGGUCGAAACAAUCAAAAUCGAAACAACAACAAUACCAAUAACAACAACAACCAUACUCAUUCUCCUCAUCCUACAUCUUCUUCCUCUUCCUCUGCCUAUUCUUCUGCCUAUACUUCUCCUUCGUCACCUUCUUCUCCAUCUCCUUCCCAUCGUCCCACUCGUCAUCAGACUGGCAGGGUGAGCCCGCUCACUCUGGCAGCCUGGAAUGUUCGUUCCAUUUUAGACAAUCCGAGGAGCAACCGACCGGAACGGAGGACGGCGCCAGUGGCACGAGAACUGGCGCGCUACAAGGUGGACAUCGCCGCACUCAGCGAGACCCGAUUCUUCGAACAAGACCAACUGGAGGACGUGGAUGCCGGCUAAACCUUCUUCUGGAGCGGUCGACCCAGGCCAGAGCGACGGGACGCGGGUGUCGCCUUCGCCAUUCGGAACGACAUCGUGGAACGACUGCCCUGUUUGCCGCAGGGCAUCAACGAUCGUCUGAUGAGCCAACGUCUGCCCCUCCGGCGAGGAGGCAAAUUCGUCACCAUCAUCAGCGCCUACGCUCCGACGAUGACCGACCCCGACGCCGUCAGAGACAAAUUCUACGAGGACCUGCACGCCCUAUUGGCGACUGUGUCGAAGGCGGGCAAGUUGAUUGUCCUUGGCGACUUCAACGCCCGCGUCGGCACAGACAAUACGGCCUGGAAAGGAGUGCUGGGUCCCCACAGUCUCCGCGGUUCAAACGACAAUGGUCUGCUGCUUCUCCGCACCUGCUCAGAACAACGCCUCAUCCUGACGAACACGUUCUUCUGUCUGCCGGAGCGAGAGAAGGUCACCUGGAGGAAUCCUCGGUGGCGCCAGUGGCAUCUGCUGGACUAUGUCCUCGUCCGGAGGCGAGAUCAUCGGGACGUGCUGGUGACGAAGGCGAUCGCGGGUGUUGACGGGUGGACCGACCAUCGCCUCGUCAUCUCGAAGAUGCGUAUUCGCCUACAGCCUCACAGGAGACCACAAGGUAAGCGACCCCAGGUAAGCUGAAUGUUGCUUUGUUGUCUUUGCCCGCUCACCGUCUUCAUUUCAGCAAUGAGCUAGCUCAACGGCUAGACAACCUUCCUAUUGCUGCCUCCGAUGACGCCGCAGCUGCCGAGAACGUCUCCGUGGAGAACCGUUGGGGUCAACUGCGAGACACGGUUCAGUCGACGGCGCUCGCCGUCCUCGGUCGCGUUCCCCGUCAACAUCAAGACUGGUUCGACGACAACGACGCCGCCAUCAGAAAUCUGCUUGCUGAGAAGAACCGCCUACACAAAGCCUAG